AUUGUUGAAUUACUGGCCUCGUCAGGGUGAUGCUGGUACCAAUUUUGUUGUUCUUGUUUUGGCAGAUCCAGGUUGAUGAAGUCAGAAGGCUGGUAUAUUUUGAAGGCACCAAAGACUCCCCUUUAGAACACCACCUGUAUGUGGUCAGCUAUGUAAACCCUGGAGAGGUCACAAGGCUGACUGACCGUGGCUAUUCCCACUCCUGCUGCAUCAGCCGGCAUUGUGACUUUUUUAUAACUAAGUACAGUAACCAGAGGAAUCCACAUUGUGUGUCUCUUUAUAAAUUGUCAAGUUCUGAAGAUGACCCAACUUGUAAAACGAAGGAAUUUUGGGCUACCAUUUUGGAUUCAGCAGGUCCUCUUCCCGACUAUACGCCUCCAGAAAUUUUCUCUUUUGAAAGUACUACAGGAUUUACAUUGUAUGGGAUGCUGUACAAGCCCCAUGAUCUACAACCUGGAAAGAAAUACCCCACUGUGCUUUUCAUAUAUGGCGGUCCUCAGGUGGGUAUAUAUACACAAGUAAACAUACGUAAAUGUAUUUCUAAGUGAUUUGUUUUUUAAAUG